AUGGAAUCGCCAGCUGCACAGCUGGGGGAUUUCCAGUUUCACGACGUGAUCAACCUCGGCUCCUUCUGCGAAGUGGUGCUGUGCAGCGACUCGCGCAGCUCCCAGAAGUAUGCUGCCAAGCGGGUUGUGAGGAGGGGCAAGCCCUGUGACCAGGCCAUCGUGAUGGAAGCUCACUGCCUCCGGCGCUUGCGAUCCAACCCUUUGGUGGCCAAGCUGGUCUGUGACUUCGACUCACCGGCCGAGUGGGUCGGGAUCCUGGAGUGGUGUCAGGCGGGAGAACUCUGGGAGGACAUCAAGCAUUGCGGCUGUGUCGCGGAUGGGGAGUUCAGCUGGUACGCCUCUCAGAUGGUGAAGGCCCUGGCUGCAGUGCAUAGCCUGGGCAUCAUCCACCGGGACGUGAAAUGCGAGAACUUCCUGCUGACAAGGGAGAGGACUGUGAAGUUGAUCGACUUUGGGACCGCGCGGGAUGUCUCCUUUCCGGAGGUCCAGCCCAUGAUGCUGGGGCCGCAGUACGAGCACCACGUGGGCACGCCCAACUUCAUGUCCCCAGAGGCGGUGGACGGCAAGGCCAACGACCGCCGCAGCGAUUUGUGGUCCCUGGGCUGUGCCAUGGCUCAGCUGCUGACGGGGGUCCCACCCUUCAAUGCCCAGACGCCGUUCCUGGUGCUGUCAAAGGCCAAGGCUGGCAACCUCUGGCUGCCCAGCAGCCAGGAAACGGAGCUGAUCCGGCAGUUGGUGACCAAGGACCCUUCGGGGCGCCUGGGCGCCGCCGACACCGCCACCAUCCUCCGACACCCGGCGCUCAGCACAUCCGAAACGACGCCUCCAGUGCGCAGCGAGCUGGUGGAGGCCUUGCGUUUGCUGGGCCGGGCCCUGCUAGCAGAAGUGGAUGCCACCGUAGAGGAGUCCGGCGCCGCGUGGCACGUGCCCGGCGCCGCCGCGGCGAAUGACGCGACGGCGCCUUCGGUGGGAGAGGCGCUACAGAGCUUGGCGCGGCUGCCGGACAUGGCGGAGGUGUGCAAGGCGAUCUCGACGGAGCCGAGCUCCACGAGAGACGCUGCUAUGGUGGUGGCAGUGGAGAGGCAACAGCUGCCCGCAGUGUGCCGGCGCUUUCUCGAGGUUGCCGAGCAGAGGCUCAAGGAGAGUAAGGAGACGGUGGACUUUGCGGCCGGCUCGGACAGCGAGAGCUCCGCGUCCAAAGCUGACGAGGGCGUUGUGGAGGUGUGCCGCGUGCAGCCGAGGCCCAAGCCAACGCCUGAGCCAGGGCCAGGACACUUGCCUGGGAAGCCUGCCAGAGGCUCCGGAGUGACCUGGCAAGCCUUGCUCACCAGAGCCAAGCAGUGCGUCCUCUGGAGCAACUCGGAUCAGAAUGCGUGUGGCAUCGGUGGGCACAGGUUCCUGAAGCCUGCGAGCCGGGUGAUUGGCAGCGAUGGCCGCCCCGCCCUGGUGGUGACUGAGAGCGGACUGGUCGCCGUAGCCUUUGAGGCGGCCAUGCAUCCGAUGCAGGCGGCACAGGCAGUGGGGCUUCCAGAGCAAGAUGUGCCACCACUGUGGCUGGUCAGAAGCAGCGCAGUGCCAGGCAAGGCUAUGGCUUGGAGCUGGCAAGGACAGGCGUUGCCGUCCCAGAGCCCAGCAGCAGUCCAGGAGGCGGCCAGGCGAGCAGCCCGGAUGUCGGAGGCUGUGGCGGAGGUCGUGGUUCGCACAAUUCAGCGCUACUAUGCGGUGCAGGUCCUGGAGCCUUCCACCCGCGGGUUUCUGUCUAUUUUGGAGAAGCAGUUUGCCAGAUCGGACCUUUACCUCUUCGAGGUCCUGCAAAAUGCAGUGGAUGACGGCGCCCUGCAUGUGUGCUUUGAGCCCACACAGCGGGGCUUGGCCGUGAAGCACGACGGCAGGCGCUUCACUGCUUUAGACGUGCUGGGGCUGUCUUCAGUAGGCCUUUCGACGAAGGGGGAUGGCGGGGGGCAGAAGCGCACCAUUGGCUUCAUGGGUAUUGGCUUCAAGGCCGUCUACAAGCGUUACGCGCGCGUGGUGGUCCAUGACCAGCUGUGGCGCUUCACCUUUGAGGAAGCCCCCCAUGGUUCGGCCGCCGGCAAGGCGGCUGGCAGCUACGGCUGGGUGCUGCAGCCCCGCUGGGAGAGCCCCGAGGCACUUUGGGACAGCCGCAGCUCGCCCACAUUCCCCUGGUGCCACUUCCAGUUGGAACGGCCUAGGGAGGGUCCAGCUGGAGUGCACAAAGACUUGGCCAAACUGCCAGAAAGUGUGCCUGGGCUUCUGGGAAGGAAAGCUUUGCGAGAUGCAGCGCGCCGCAGCGCUGAUGUCGUGUUGCGGCAGCUACAAGGAAGGCUGGAUCCCAGGUCCAGCGAGGCAAUGAACUACUGGUGCCUUGAAGCCCAGCGUGCGUGGGGCAUCCUGCCGCCAGAGCUGCUGCAGAGGCCGCUGUCUCAGAUGCUCCCUUUGCUCCUCCGCGAGGGCAGCAAGGAGCGGGUGUGGGAGAACUGCAAGGCAGCAGCGCAGCAGGAAGUGGAGACAGCCCUGCAAGCGCCAGAGCGCCUGGAGGACUGUGGCUGGCGGCUGCUUGAUGCAUCAGGGAAUCCUGCCGGCCCCUACCCCGUGAGCCAUUGCCGCCAGUGGACAGCCGAGGGACGGCUGCAGCAACAUACGCAGGUGCGUGGUCGCUGCAUGGGCUCUUUCCGGCCAAUUUCGGAGGUUUUUCCGCAUGGCACACCCUUCGUGUCGCCGUUGCCGCCAGCUAGCUUCAGGCUGGAGUGGGGCGCCACAGGUCACAGCAUUUCCCUAGGACGGCAAGUCACUCUGAAGGAGGGCAUUGCAGAGGAGGCCGGCAUGCGUGUGUACCACAAAGGUCGGGGGCCGCACGCCGCACAAGGCUUGGUGAGAUGGCUCUUCCUGUCCAUUCAGCACCAGCCGAACCAAGAGGCUCGGCAGGCCUAUGAGCGGCACGCGAAGCGCGAGCAAGUGGGUGCGGAGGAGGUGAGCCUUUUCUUCGCGCUGGAUGCUGAAGGGAGCCCCGAGCCAGUGCCUGCAGCACCAGAUGGAUCCGGGCGGGGGUCCAUGCAUGCAGUACUCCCCACAGAGCUUCGCACGCACGUGGGCGGGCACAUGCAAGCGUCCUGGCUUCUGUCGGUGGACAGGCAAAGAAUGCAGGACUUCGCUGACAACGCCUGGAACCGGGCACUGCUCAUGACCCUGCCCAGGCUGCUGCAGGUGCAUUUGCAGUGGGUGGCCCACGCAAGGCCAGCGAACCUGGCCAAGGCCUAUGACGUCUUGCCAGAGAUGGAAGCUUCCAAAGCCGGAGCUUUGACCAGCAAGGUGCUGAACCAGGACAUGGCCUGGGACACCUUGCAGAGGUCCAUCAAGGCCGAAGCCACGGUUCCGGCACUGCAGCCAGACGGCCAGCUGCAAUUCCUCCGCGCUCAGGUGGGUGCCUCCAUCGUUUGUGGAGUUGCUGCCGGCUGA